AUGGGUGGUAAAAAAAACAAGAAAAAAAAUACAAAUAAUAAAUCAGGAUCGAAGGAAAAAAAUGGUAAAAAAACAAAAAUAAAAAAAUCAGAAGGAAAAGUUAAAUUUAACAAAUCAAGAAUAAAUGUUGAUAUAUUUACUGAUACAUGUAUGGAAAAUGCUUAUUAUAUUUGUCAUAAUGUACAAGAUGUAUUAAAAUAUAGAGGAUUUCCAUGGCCUGAUGCUGCUAGUAAGAAAAAAAAAGGAAAAAAAUAA